AUGGGAUGCUCGCUUGCAGCUACUGACAGCAUAAAAGAAGCAGAAGCAGGAGGAGAACUCAACCCGUUCCCCAGCCUGCUAGAAGAGAGGCUGUUAAGCAACGGCACCAACGAGUCCCUGCAGGAGUUCUGGAGAAGCUUCCUCAACCUGGAGAGAGCAGAUGGACUACAGGGAGGCAGUUCUAUCCUCCUCCGGAUCUUCAUCUCCAUCAUCUACUCUGUGGUGUGCGCCCUCGGUCUAGUUGGCAACGUGCUGGUGCUCUACCUGAUGAGAAGCAAAUGGAAAAAGUCUUCCAUCAAUCUCUUUGUGAUCUGUUUGGCAGUGACCGAUUUCCAGUUUGUCCUGACUCUGCCCUUCUGGGCAGUGGAGAAUGCUCUGGAUUUCACCUGGCUCUUUGGCAAAAUCAUGUGUAAGAUGCUUUCCUAUGUGACAGCCAUGAACAUGUAUGCCAGUGUCUUCUUUCUCACUGCCAUGAGCGUCGCCCGCUACCAUGCAGUGGCCUCUGCCCUGAAAAGCAGGAAACAAGGAGGGCUCUUAGAUGGCUGCUCUUCAGCUAAAUGGUUGUGUGCACUCAUAUGGAUCCUAGCCAUUCUAGCUUCUCUGCCCAAUGGCAUCUUCUCCACCACCUCCACUAUCUUUGGUGAGGAGUUCUGCCUGGUCAAGAUACCUGAUAGCCAAGGCAACAAUACUCCAUUCUGGUUGGGGCUCUACCAUGCCCAAAAAGUCCUGCUGGGCUUUCUCUUGCCUUUGACCAUCAUCACCCUUUGCUACCUUUUGCUGGUGCGCUUCAUUAGUGACAGACAUGUGGGUGCCGGUUCCUGUGGGCCAAGUACUAAACGCCGAUCCAAGGUGACCAAAUCAGUGACCAUUGUGGUACUGUCCUUCUUCCUUUGCUGGCUGCCCAACCAGGCACUCACCACCUGGGGUGUCCUCAUCAAACUGAACCUUCUGCACUUCAGCCAUGCUUACUUUCUCUCUCAGGCAUACCUCUUCCCCAUCACAGUCUGCCUGGCACAUUCCAACAGCUGCCUCAAUCCCAUCUUCUACUGCCUCAUGCGCAGGGAGUUCCGUAAAGCCCUCAAGAAGCUGUUGUGGAGGAUUGCUUCACCCUCCACCACCACCAUGCGCCCAUUCACGGGUACCAGCAAGCCUGAGCAGGAAGAGCAGGUACUGAAGAACCUAAUGACCAUUCAGCCUGCAAGCAGUUCUGCUCCUCCUCUUCCUCCUCCUGCUAGAGCAGAUGUUCCUGAUGCCGUCUGCUAUCCCCCUGGGGUGGUGAUGUACAGUAGCUGCUCUAAUAUUGUUCCUUCCAUCACCUCCACUGAGCUAUAUUGUUGA